ACCGUUUAGAGCCCGGCAGUUCGGGUUCAAGCGUCCCGGGAACGGGGAUAAGUAGGACGGCGGCCCCGGCCACGGGGGUGCGGGGUGGAGCGUGCCCGGUAUUUUCUAUACCGGUUCCGGGGCCCGGUAGAGGCGCGCCGAGAGGAGAGGAAAGUGCGGCGGCCCUGGAACCUGGAUAUCGCGCGAGCAGGAGGAAGUCGUGCAACUCACAAUAUGACACUGUCCACUUUCUCAGAUUUGUGACGCAAAAAGAAAUCUCUGACCUCAGCUGUGGCUCUCGGUGCUAGGAGGAAGCCAACUUCAUGUCUGAGUGCACGAGCAGUAGUUUGCCAUGGAGAGCUUGGGGCUGCAGACGGUGACCCUCAGUGAUGGGACAACAGCCUACGUCCAGCAAGCUGUGAAAGGAGAGAAGCUUCUAGAAGGGCAAGUGAUCCAGCUCGAAGACGGGACCACUGCAUAUAUUCACCAAGUGACAGUGCAGAAAGAACCUCUUUCGUUUGAGGAUGGACAACCUGUGCAGCUGGAAGAUGGCAGCAUGGCCUACAUACACCGCACACCCAAAGAGGGCUAUGACCCCAGUGCCCUGGAAGCCGUCCAGCUGGAAGAUGGCUCCACUGCCUACAUUCACCACCCCAUGGCUGUGCCAUCGGACAGCACCAUCCUGGCCGUGCAGACAGAGGUGGGCUUGGAGGACCUGGCCACAGAGGAUGAUGAGGGCUUCAGUGCAGACACUGUGGUGGCCCUGGAGCAGUAUGCCAGCAAGGUUCUACAUGACAGCCAGGCUCCCCAUAACGUCAAAGGACAGCAGGUUGGGGACAGGGCAUUCCGCUGUGGCUACAAGGGCUGUGGACGUCUCUACACCACUGCUCAUCACUUAAAGGUGCAUGAGAGAGCUCAUACAGGUGACCGUCCAUACAGGUGUGAUUUCCCCGGCUGCGGAAAGGCCUUUGCCACAGGAUAUGGGCUGAAGAGCCAUGUGCGCACCCACACCGGUGAGAAGCCAUACAAGUGUCCAGAGGAGCUGUGCAGCAAGGCCUUCAAGACCUCAGGAGACCUGCAGAAGCACGUCCGGACCCACACCGGUGAACGCCCGUUCCGGUGCCCCUUUGAGGGCUGUGGCCGCUCCUUCACCACAUCUAAUAUCCGCAAGGUACAUGUGCGCACCCACACAGGCGAGCGGCCCUACACCUGCCCCGAGCCCCACUGUGGCCGUGGCUUCACCAGCGCCACCAACUACAAGAAUCACGUGCGCAUCCACACAGGGGAGAAGCCAUACGUUUGCACGGUGCCAGGCUGCGGGAAGCGCUUCACCGAGUACUCAAGCCUGUAUAAGCACCACGUGGUACACACACACUGCAAGCCCUACACCUGCAGCACCUGCGGCAAGACCUACCGGCAGACCUCCACCCUGGCCAUGCACAAGCGCAGUGCCCAUGGCGAGUUGGAGGCCACGGAGGAGAGUGAGCAGGCCCUGUAUGAGCAACAGCAGCUUGAGGCCGCCUCUGCAGCUGAGGAGAGCCCGCCACCCAAACGACCCCGCAUUGCUUACCUGUCGGAGGUGAAAGAAGAAGGUGAUGACAUCCCAGCCCAAGUGGCUAUGGUGACCGAGGAGGAGGGGGCCCCUCAGGUGGCUCUGAUCACUCAGGAUGGUGCCCAGCAGGUCAGCCUGUCCCCAGAAGACCUGCAGGCCCUGGGGAGUGCCAUCAGUAUGGUGACCCAGCAUGGGAGCACCACCCUCACCAUCCCCAGCCAUGAAGAUGACCUUGCCACAUCUGGCACUCAUACAGUCACCAUGGUCAGCGCCGAUGGCACCCAGACGCAGCCCGUCACAAUCAUUACCUCUGGGACUGUGGUGGCCGAGGACUCAAGUGUAGCAUCCCUUCAUCAUCAACAGGUGGCAUUGUUGGCCACAGCCAGUGGAACUCACAUUGCGGUGCAGCUGGAAGAGCAGCAGACCUUAGAGGAGGCCAUCAGUGUGGCCACUGCUGCCAUGCAGCAGGGGGCUGUGACCCUGGAGACCACAGAGUCGGAGAGUGGCUGCUGAGCCCAAGAGGGCUGGGUCCCACGCUGUGUUGGAGGAGGUGCAUCCUUGCCUCCAACGGCCCAGGCUGUGGCUGACAUGUGGAAGGUGGCCACAUGGGUCUCUAGGGCGAGAAGGUGGCAGAAAAACGGCCUAAAGGGCAUAGAGGCCCUGCCCAAGAGGAGGUCCAAGCAGCUGGAAUCGGGGGAGUGUGCCAUCCUCUGGAGCUAAGGAGGACAAGCUUGAUCACCAUGCUGCACUGGGAUUCCCUUCCCCCAGUAUCAGCUGGGCGCCAUCUCCUCCCUCUGGAAAACACCCUUCCUGCCCUUGGUCCACUCCCCUUCUCAGGUGGCGAUUAGGGCUGCUCUUGGGACUGGUCCUCCACUCCGACUGGUCAGUGCCCACCAGGGGAGAAGGCAGAUAGCUCUUCAGCCCAGUAGGGGCAGUGCAGCACAGCCCUGUCCCUCCCAGCAAUAACCACCUCCCCGGAGGCCAGCCAAGAUGCCUGGCCACUUGGCAGCAGGGACUUCUUGCCACCAUAGUCAGAAUUGCUCAGGGGCCUGUGACUGGAGAAAAGGUGCCCAGCCCCCCCCAACCCCCAGCUGCUCCCCAACCUCUGGCAGAGAGGCAGGGAGCAACCUUGUACAUACUGGGGAUUGGGUGUAAUUUUUUUUUAAUUCCAUUUUGAUUAUUUUUUUCCCUUCUCUGGAUGGUGGUGGCAAAUGGGUGAAUGAGUAUUUAAUAAAAGUUCCAAGUUUCCACCUGGGUGCUUCCGUUCAGUUUGGGGCCCUGGUGGCAAGGCUGGUCAACUCAGGCUCUUAGCCUUGUAUCCCAGGCACAGACCUCACUUGGCUUCAGUUCUGGACUGUUAGGACUGCCCUACCAGGGGCACAGGUGGAAGGAAGCCCUGGUGUAAGAUCAGCCCUGAGGAGCUGCCAGUGGCUUCCUGCCCACAGCUGAGCAGGUGGGCUCCAGGGUGCCAAAUAGGACUUGUGUGACCACUGCUUACAGGCUUCCAUUGGAUCUCAGGCCUCAAGAUGGUUGGGCUGGAGGAACUCUGUUUUUUUCUACUUUUCCUUAUGUUAUGUUGUCAAAGCCUCUCCAGACACAGGCAGCCCUCCAUGCAUACAGCACACAGUCCACUGCUCCUCCAAGUGGGCAAAGCCCCACGGAGUAGGGGUGGGGGUGGCUUUGCCAAGAUAUCGAGGGUCUCUGAUACCUCUGCUGCCCUGGCACUGAAGUCCUGGCUCUGGCACCCAGCUCUGGGGGUACCUACCUAGGUGUCUGGGGCCACGCUGUGGAAUUCCAAAGCUACAGUCAAGACCCCACUGAAAAGUACAGGGAAAGGGACUUGAUGGAAAGAACUCUUUGGGUUUUACCCCAUGGGAACAUUGCAGUUAUUAGAGGUGCCUCUUUUCCUCUCUGUAAUGUGAUACAUGUGGCCCCAGGCCUCUUACUGCUACCCUGGGAUUGGAACCCUCUCCCCUAACCCAGGCAUCCUCUCCUAGGAUGCCUAGCAAGCUCCCUUUCCCUCUUGCUACCAAUUCCUUGGAAGCAUGGGGCUGGCAUAUGCCCCCAGGGAGGGGUGUCUCAAUUGCCUGAGCAGACUCCUUCAACAUCCAUGACCACUGUUCCUGGCAGAGAUAUGCCCCAGUCCUCACAGGUAUUGCAUCUAAAGAAAUGGAAGCACUGAUGCAGAGGACCCUGAAUCCCCAGCCUCCUAUUCCUCCUACUCCCAGCGCCCCUGAAACUGGGCCCCACCACUAGGCUAACCCCCAUGAGCCUCAGAAACAGUCUCCAGGUCUUUAGGCCAGAGUGGGCAAUGCUCUGGGUCCCUUUUCAAGCUAAAGCCCAGAGGAUGGAGAGGCAGCCGAUCCUCUACCUGCCAAGUCCUCCUGACCCAGAGAAGCACCAUGGCCCAGUUCCUCUUCCAACUUUGUGUUAUCUUUCUUUUCUUCCACUUGGGAGGAGCCCCACCACCACUGUAAUGUCAGAUGGCCUUAAAAGAAAUGUUUUCUCCAGUGCCUGCUCUGUGCUUUACAGCCAUUCUCAGACCUCCUUGCAACUCUAUGACAUGGACAUUUCUCCUGCUUUACCAAUGAGAAAUUGCUCAAAGGAGGUUAAGUAACUUAACUAAAGCCUCCCACCUGGUACGUGUGGGAUUGGUACAGGAUUUUCUCCCUUUUAUCGGACACCCAAGUCUAGAUGGGCUGCUUUUUCCUCAGCAAGCUGCCUCUGGGAGCCCAGCAGGCUCCAGAAGGCUCUGGGCCUGAGGAAGCUUCUAAAGAGCCUCACCCCCAGGAAACCAGGCUGAACAGAACUGGGGUUCUAGCUUUCCAGGGCUUGGUCCCCAGUUCCCGUGCAGGGAAUGGGG